AUGGAGCUCCACGCGCCACCUCUUUCCGUCUCAGCCACCGCAGACAUACUACACCAUAUCGGUUUUAUCAAAGAAGUGGCUGCAACUGAGCCUCCUAAGCAUUUGUCUCAUUUGUUGAGAAUGUUAAAGACAAAAGGUUCUUUGCUUUGUUUGGCUUGUAAUUCUUGGUUUGUUUUUGGGUUUUGCUUUUUGAGUCUUGAUAAGGAUUGGCUUGGACAAUGCUACUUGGUUGCUGAACUUCUAAGACCUUCCUUCUCAAAAUAUGUUUUGAAAUACCUCGUGGUGACUAAUAAAGUUGGUCGACGAGGCUAUAGUGAUGCAUUAUGUGGGUCCAUUGUUCCUCCUGGAGCCAAGAAAGGGUUGAUCCCUCUUGCCAUUCCACUGGCUAGAAACGGUUCAGGUGCUUUGAUUGCACUGCUGAGAUGGCCAACGGCACCACCUGGGAUGGAAAUGCCAGUGGUUGAGGUUUGUAAACAUGGAGUUUGGCUUUUGGCAAAGACUGUAGAUCAAUAUAUUCAUCGAAUCCUGGUUGAGGAAGAUGCUAAUAUAUUUUCAAAAAGCAAUGCUGACCUGUUUCAUGCUGCGGCCGAUGCUGGAGAUAAUCUUUAUACAAAGGGUGACUAUGCUAAGUCUCAGAUUUUAGACCUAGACGUAUAUCUCUUAAGAAAGGUUGGUUUGUUUCCCGAUGUCUUAGAGCGCAAAGUGAUGCACCAUUUGCAGAAAGGAGAUCAUGUUUCAGCUUUGGUGACUGGGGAGUUCUAUACAAAUAAAAAGCAUUUUCCAGGAUUUGCAAGGCCUUUUGCAUUCAAUGCGGAGGUUUUGCUUAAGUUCAAUGUUGCUCAAAUAGCACAAUGGGAGGAUGAGCAAAUUGAGUAUAUUAAAGAAAAAAUGACUGAAGAAGGAAGGCAAGAAGAUCUUAACAAGGGGAAAGAACCCGCCCAGAUUGCAUUGGACGAAGCUGCAUCUUUGUUGGACUUAGCUUCUGUUGAAGGUACUUGGGACGAAGCUGUCGAACACAUAGCUGAGUGCUAUAAACACGCUGGACUUCAUAAUGUUGCAAGAUUUGUGGAAUAUAGAGAUUGA